UCAAUAGUGACUUCUGCAUCGUCGCAUCAUCGUCGUCACCAUGAAUGCUGUAAUUUUGUUGGUUACUCUUGGCUUGGCAAUGCCCAUUUAUUGUCAGGAGACGCAGGUAGAAAAAAAACAAGAAAAAAGAGGUGUUCUUAAUUCUGGUUACGGUGGAUAUGCAGGAGGUUUAGCUGCAGGAGGCUACGGAGCCGGUUACCUUGGUGCUGGUUCGGGUUAUUCUCUGGGUCAUGGCAUUGCGUCUGGCUAUGGGUACAGCGCACCCAUAGCGUCCCAUGGCUAUAAUGCAUAUUCGUCGAAUCGUCUCGGCGGCCUGGGAUACGGUGGUCUAAGACAAGGUUACGGAGGUCUCGGGUACAGCGCGGGACUUGGACUUGGAUACGGUCCGAGCAUCAGAUACAACACAGGUCUCGGAUACGGCGCUGCAGGAUUGGGAUACGGUGCGGGACUCGGAUACGGUGCGGGACUCGGAUACGGUGCGGGAUUGGGAUAUGGAGCGGGACUGGGACAAGGUCUCGGAGCCGGUUUUGGGGCCGGUUAUGGCAACGGAUGGUGACGACACAAGCAAUAAUAAAUAAUUGACGUUGCGAAACACCGAUAUGACUUCGGUUUCCUCUAUCGACGCUGUACCCUU